AUGAAAAAACCAAUCUCUUACUAUUUCAUUAAUUCUUCCCACAAUACGUAUCUGACAGAAGACCAACUGAGUGGUCCGAGUAAAGUGGAAGCUUACAUCAGGGCCCUGCAGAGAGGCUGCCGAUGUGUAGAAUUGGAUUGCUGGGAUGGUUCUGAAGAUGCUCCAAUCAUUUACCAUGGCCAUACCUUUACAUCCAAGAUAAGUUUGGAUGCUGUUCUCAUGGCUAUCAAGGAAUACGCUUUCAAGGCAUCUCGGUACCCUGUUAUAUUAUCUAUUGAAAAUCAUUGCUCUCUGCCCCAACAGAAGGUUAUGGCUCAUCAAUUCAGGACUAUUUUGGGAAAUCUCUUGUAUGUUCAUGACAAUAAUGCUCCAUGUCCAUCCCCUACUGAUUUGAUGAACAGAAUUCUCCUGAAGGGAAAAAAAUUACCCCCAAUGGCAGCAAAUGAGGAAGAUGUUAGUGAUGAAGAUGAAGCAGAAGAGAUUGAAAUUGAAAAGAAACGUGCUGAAGCCUCCAGAGAUGGCAUUGAUUUGCCUAAGGAUGAAGUAAAAACUAAGAAAGUGAAACUUGACAAAAGUUUCAGUGAUUUGAUUGCUAUUCGAAGUCAACGAUUUGAAUCCAUUGAGCAUGCAUUGAAUAACGCUGACCAGUUUAAGAUGACCUCCAUUGGAGAACUAAAGAUGGGUGAUCUGUUAGAUGAUGAUGGUUUGGAGCAGUGUCGCAAUUUGACAAGAGCUAUUAUGGUAAGAACCUACCCAGCAGGUCUGCGUACUGAUUCCAGUAACUAUAAUCCUACCCAGAUGUGGAAUGCUGGCUGUCAAGUUGUUGCUCUUAACUACCAAACAGAGGACACACCUAUGCAACUUGUUACUGGAAAAUUCUUGGACAAUGGUGGUUGUGGCUAUGUUCUCAAACCAGACUACAUGUUCCCAGGAAAAUCAACAGUAAGAAGUCCUUCUAAAUUACUGAGAAUAAAGGUCAUUAGUGCAUAUCAACUUCCUAAGCCUAAGAAUAAUGUGAAGGGAGAAGUGAUUGACCCUAUAGUAAAGGUUGAAGUUCAUGGCAUGGAUGAUGACAAAGAAGAGAUGAAGACCAGAGUGAUAAGGAACAAUGGCUUUAAUCCUCGAUGGGAUGAAACAUUUGAAUUCAAGAUUAAUUAUCCUGAAUUGUGCAUUAUGAUUUCAUUGGUUAUUAUUCUCUUCCUUUCGACUGUAUACAAGAAGGUUAUCGACAGUUUAAUUUCAUCAACAAAAAAGGAGAAAUUGUAUACAAAUCUCUGCUCUUGCUUCACAUUGAUAUUUCAACUCUGGAUUAGAGGUUGA